GAUCUUAAUUCUGAUGUCUUGUUUCCGCACGAGUCUUGUGUACCAACAAUGUCUGUGUCCAUCAAUUAUGUCUUAAACAUCAAACAAAUUGUUAACACAUUUGUUCACAAAUUCAAGAUAUUAUUCAAUUCGUUAUUUGUGUCCAUAAUGUGAACGCAUAUCAAGUGAUGCAACGUUUGACACAAUAAUUGUCAUCAAAUAUCCGUUGAUUUGUUGAUUAGAUACUAAUUCAAGUCGUUUGAUGAUCUGAUCCAUUAUUAAGUCAUUUGAUGAUCUGAUCAAUUGUCAAGUCGUUUGAUGAUCUGAUCCAUUGUUAAGUCAUUUGAUGAUUUGAUCCAUUUUCAAGUCAUUGAUGGCAACAUUUACUCGAUUUAAGGAUGAAUGGACUGUAUGUCCAUUUAAUGUCAACCACAAGAUCGCCACAAGAAAUAUCAUCAAACAUACGAUUGAAUGCGAGAAGAAAGUCAAUCUCAACAACUACUCCGUCUGUAUAUACAAUGUAUCACAUCGUAUGGAUAGACAUGACUUCGCUGCACAUAUCAAGUCGUGUCCCGACGGAAGACAACAUAUGAGAGAUCAAGAGAUUUACGACAACCAAUGGAAGGGAUAUACAGCUACUGGUGUUAUCUUUGAUGAUAAACCAAAUCAAUUAAAUAAUCAACAAUUUGGAUCAAUCAGUGCACACAAUUCUCAAGAGAUUACUGAAGAUGAAUGGAGUAAUGAUAACAAUACUGAUUACGAUAUUAAUGACAAUAACACCACAAAACAAUCGGAUGACAACAAAGUAAUGAAUCUAAAGCUAACCAAAAAUCAAAAGAAACGAAACAAACGAAAGGCAGCCAAAGCUAAAAGUAUUUGGGAUUAAACUAAUCACUGAUUAUAUUAAAUGCGAUUUCAUUUCAUUAAAUUAGUUUAAUUGUAAAUAACUUUAUUCACAAUAAGUUUUAUUGUAUAAUAAAUGAUAAAAAGGUAU